AUAGACUAUCUUUAUCUAUAACUGAGUCAAUAUAAAUAUUAAUAUAGGAUAUAGAUAGAUCUAGAGUUCAAGAUAAGAUAUUCAAAGAUAUUCAAUCGAUGAUUGAAUCGAUUCCAAGCUACAGGCUACAGGACUACAGCUCAAGACUAGACAAGCCAACUUGUGACAACAGUGACCAAUAGAGAAUGGAAGUAUCUCAUUUGUCAGCAUGUCCAAAUUUCAAAGAAGACAAUUAUAUUGCUGCUAUGGUGUUGAGUGGAGUAGGGGAUGCUUUGGGCUACAACAAUGGAAGAUGGGAGUUUUGUCACAGUGGACCAGAGAUUUACAAAGAACUUCAACAGUUGGGUGGGUUGGAGAAAAUCAAUGUCAAGUUACCACAUUGGAUAGUCAGUGAUGAUACUGUCAUGCACCUUGCUACUGGUGAAGCCCUGAUAAAGUGUUCAAAAUCAGAAGAAAGAGAACAGAUUUUUGUAGCUUUAGCUAUUGAAUAUAAAAAAUGUAUGAAAGAUAUGGCCAACAGAGCACCAGGUAUCACCUGCAUGUCUUCUGUUAGUGAGCUGAGACCCAAUGUGAAAUAUGGAUACAGAAUACCUUUUAGCCCCAGAGGAGGUGGAUGUGGGGCAGCCAUGAGAGCAAUGUGUAUUGGGCUGAGAUAUCCAAGGCCAGAACAAUUGGAGGAUUUAAUAGCCAUCAGUGUUGAAUCAGGUCGUAUGACACACCACCAUCCAACUGGCUACUUGGGAAGUUUGGCUGCAGCACUGUUCACAGCCUUUGCAGUUCAAGGUAGACCUUCAAAGUCCUGGGGCAAGGGAUUAAUGGAAACUAUUCCAUUAGCCUUGAAAUAUAUUGAGUCGACAAGCUAUUGUGUUGAAGAAAGCAAAAGUGAAUGGAAUUAUUUUCAGAAUGCUUGGGAAACUUAUCUAUCUUCCAGAAAUCUCUCAGAUGGUCAGACUGAUCCAAUAUUUCCAGAACCUUAUGGAUUUGAAGAGCGAGAUAAAUUUGUAAAGCAAGUCAGUUUCUCUGGAUUCGGAGGCGCAAGUGGACAUGAUGCCCCAAUGAUUGCGUAUGAUGCAUAUCUCGCUGCAGGGAGUAGCUGGAAGGAGCUGUGUUAUAGAUCAAUGUUUCAUGGUGGGGACAGUGACAGUACUGGUGUCAUGGCAGCCUGCUGGUAUGGUGUGACAUAUGGCUUGAAUGAUGUCCCCUCUAUAAACCAUAAGAAAGUUGAAUACAGAGACCGACUUGUGACAGUGGCUAGAAAAUUAUACACACUGGCCAAAGAGAGUAACUGAUAAUAUAAUCAAGCUUGACAUAUAAAUAAGCACCAUAAUGAGUUGACAAAAAAAAUUCUUUCAGCAUGGGGAUUUUCUUUUUUAUAUAAAUUUUUAACUCUCUUCAUCUACUUGUGUAAAAAGUUAAUAGCCUUUUACAAAUAUUUUUAUUUCUGUGAUAUAUAUUUCAAUGAGAUAUAUUUUUUUAUUUAUUUUGUUAGUAAAUGUUAUAUGCUUGGAAUAUCAAGUAUAUAUUCCAGUACAAAUUAUUUUUUUUUACUUCAGUGUCAUAGAUGUACAAGUUUGUUAUCACAAUAUAUUGCAAUGGAAGGUUGCUAUGUAUUUGCUUCGUUUGUUGUUUUUAAAUUGAAAUAAAAUGUAUAAGGAAAAAAAAAACAAUUUGAGAUUAAAGAUAUCAAAAGAAAUUUUUUAUUAAUUUAGUAACAUAUCGAAUCCACAAAGGGACAUAUCGAUCACGGCCUUGAAAUGUGGAUUCAUCUACUGGCUGGGAUGAAGCAAACAGACGAACAUGUUCCUAAAAAUAAAAUACAUAAAAAUCAAAUAAAUAUGAAUAUUCAUUUUGACAUUUUAUAAAUGUGAAUCAAAUACAAAAAAUUAUUGGUUUAAAUAUUUCUUAAAUAUUUCUAUUGUAAGUUUACCUCUCGUAACUGUUCUUGUAAAUGUUUAUUUUCUGUAACCAAUGCAACUUGACAUUCUAAAUCUCUGUAAACAGACCUAAAACCUGUAAAGAAAAACUAAAUAAUUAUAUAAUCACUCUAUGCUAUGUCUUUUAACACCAUUACAUUAAGUGCUCAAUUGUUCACCCUACUGUUAAUAAUGGACCUUUCAACACCAUUACAUGAAGUGUUCAAUUGUUCACCCUACUGUUAAUGGAAAUUUCAACACCAUUACAUGAAGUGCUCAAUAGUUCACCCUACUGUUAAUAAUGGAACUUUCAACACCAUAAGUGUUCAAUUGUUCACCCUACUGUUAAUGGAACUUUCAACACCAUUAUAUGAAGUGCUCAAUUGUUCACCCUACUGUUAAUAAUGGAACUUUCAACACCAUAAGUGUUCAAUUGUUCACCCUACUGUUAAUGGAACUUUCAACACCAUUACAUGAAGUGCUCAAUUGUUCACCCUACUGUUAAUAAUGGAACUUUCAACACCGUAAGUGUUCAAUUGUUCACCCUACUGUUAAUAAUGGACCUUUCAACACCAUUACAUGAAGUGCUCAGUUGUUCACCCUACUGUUAAUAAUGGACCUUUCAACACCAUUACAUGAAGUGCUCAAUUGUUAGCCUUAUUGUUAAUACUUGAAAAAUAAACUUCUGACAAAUACA